GGGCUGGAGAAUCAGGAAAAAGCACCAUUGUGAAGCAGAUGAAGAUCAUCCAUGAAGAUGGCUUCUCUGGAGAAGACGUAAAGCAGUACAAGCCUGUUGUCUACAGCAACACCAUCCAGUCUCUGGCAGCCAUCGUCCGGGCCAUGGAUACUUUGGGUGUGGAGUAUGGUGACAAGGAGAGAAAGGCGGACUCCAAGAUGGUGUGUGAUGUGGUGAGCCGUAUGGAAGACACUGAACCCUUCUCUGCAGAACUGCUUUCGGCCAUGAUGCGACUCUGGGGCGACUCAGGGAUCCAGGAGUGCUUCAACCGAUCUCGGGAGUAUCAGCUCAAUGAUUCUGCCAAAUACUACUUGGACAGCCUGGAUCGGAUUGGAGCCGCUGACUACCAGCCCACUGAGCAGGACAUCCUCCGAACCAGGGUCAAAACCACCGGCAUUGUAGAAACCCACUUCACAUUCAAGAACCUCCACUUCAGGCUGUUUGAUGUUGGGGGCCAGCGAUCUGAACGCAAGAAGUGGAUCCACUGCUUUGAGGAUGUCACGGCCAUCAUCUUCUGUGUCGCACUCAGCGGCUAUGACCAGGUGCUCCACGAGGACGAAACCACGAACCGCAUGCACGAGUCUCUCAUGCUCUUCGACUCCAUCUGUAACAACAAGUUUUUCAUCGAUACCUCCAUCAUUCUCUUCCUCAACAAGAAAGACCUCUUUGGCGAGAAGAUUAAGAAGUCACCCUUGACCAUCUGCUUCCCUGAAUACCCAGGCUCCAACACCUAUGAAGAUGCAGCUGCCUACAUCCAAACACAGUUUGAAAGCAAAAACCGCUCACCUAACAAAGAAAUCUAUUGUCACAUGACUUGUGCCACAGACACGAAUAAUAUCCAGGUGGUAUUCGACGCUGUCACCGACAUCAUCAUUGCCAACAAUCUCCGGGGCUGCGGCUUGUACU